AUAUACUCUCUCUGAAACCCUUCCGUUGCUGCAGCGUUUUGGUUCCGCGGAACAAACAUGGCGUCCGCUAUGCUGAAGGUUGCAGUGGCAGGCAUUUCGAGAUGUUCUCGUGUCACCCUCCUUAGAGCCUGUUCAACAUCAACCCCCCUCCAAGGGGGUGUUCCUGGAUCCCUGUGGAAGCUGGGGAAGCUGAACCACAUAGCCAUCGCCGUCCCCGACAUGGAAAAGGCCACUGCUCUGUAUCGAGAUGUGCUGGGUGCUACCGUUAGCGAAAAGGUCCCCCUGCCAGAGCACGGCGUCUACACUGUGUUUGUGGAACUGGGAAACACCAAGCUGGAGCUGCUCCAUCCUCUCGGGGAAAAGAGCCCCAUCUCUGGGUUCCUACAGAAAAACAAGUCAGGAGGCAUGCACCACAUUUGUAUUGAGGUGGACGACAUUAACGCCGCAGUGGCUGAGCUGAAGUCAAAGAACAUCAGAACCCUGUCGGCGGAGCCAAGGAUAGGCGCUCAUGGGAAACCUGUCAUGUUCCUUCAUCCUAAAGACUGUGAUGGUGUGCUGGUGGAGCUAGAAGAAGCAUGAACAUCUCUGCUUUAGAUGAACUGUUAGAGGGUCUCUGGUUCAUCUACAUGUCCCUCAGUGACUCUGAUAACACAGUGAUAACAGUGUUGUUCUGUAAAGCACCUGUAGUUUCAGGAACUGUUUUCCACUCUUUUUUUUUUUCUAAGUCAUUUAAAAUGGUGGGGACUUUUGGCAGUUUCCAUAAAGCUAAUUCAUACUAACAACUUAGUUACUCUUUUAAUACUGUUUUUUUUUU